AUGGCGGGCCCAUCAGAAAUGAGCUACAGAAUCUUCCUAUCGGAGACGCCAUUCCGUAGCCCUCCGCGCAUACACAACCAAUUCUACAAGGAUAUCCUUGUGAGGAACCGAAAUCCUCCCCCGACCCACGCCGGGCAGACAUCAAGCGAAGAAUACGAGAAGAUGAUCAGCGUUGGAGACACACUGCUGCAUGCCAUCGUAGCGUGUACGCUCCAUACGGCCUUCCCUGAAAUGACCGUCAAAACCGCACAGCAAUAUAAAGUGCAGCUCACCUCGAUCGACACCCUUUCUAGACUAUCAAAGAAGCUCACCAUCACUCGCUCCGGCGUAUUCGAUGACCCCACUCCCCCUCGAGAUGCUGCAAACGUGCUCAAGGCGUAUGUCGCUGCCGUUUAUUUGGGACAUCUGAAGGAUGGGACCAAGCGAGCCGGAGACGCAGUCAACAUCCUUGAGGCCUGGCUAUCUCCGGUGUUCGUCUCUCUCGCCUCCAACCUAGAAGUUCAACCGCAGGCCGUAGCCUCCACGGAAGAGAUCCUCUGCGAACGCAGCGAAGGCGUCCCGCAUGGCUUAGAAAUCCAGGAAGCUAUCCUUGAAAUUUCGGACGACACGAAUACCUCACCGACUUCCCUUGACAUAUCAAAGCUUCAUGACUUGAGGAACAAGAACAUACUCGAUUUUACGGCCAAAUGCGAGGCUCAGAAGGUCGGGACCUGGCAGUCAGUCAUUCGCGGACGACACAGGGGCGUAGAGUUCUGUCCUAGCAUCGUUCGAGCACAGAAGAAGGAUGCAGAGAGAGCUGCAGCUCAUCUAGUCCUGCGCAAAUUCGGACUGAACAAGCACAAGGCUCUUGCGAAGAGCUUGAUCGGCUCAGGCUUGAAAGGAGGAUCAAAGGCCAAGGAGAAGACUCCAGGACAGCAGACGAGCGAGACUGCAGCGACAAUAUGA